CAACUUCACGUCGGUGUGCAUUGCAUAGUACACGUGUUGGCAAACAUAACCUAAAAUCAAAGGAAAAAUCAUGGGGCGGCAUAAAAAGGGACGUUGUGCAAGGAAAAACAAGCAAAUUAGUUUGGAUGAAAAUCCAGAUAUAGUAAAGGCUCCUCAUUCAUUUGUAAUCCAUCGUGGAUUACCUGGAGAACAUAUAGGAGAACUUACGAAAGAUUUUCGUAAAAUCAUGGAACCAUUCACAGCGUUAUCUUUAAAAGAAAGGAAGCGAAAUACUAUCAAGGAUUUUGUAUCUGUAGCUAGUACGCUUCAUGUUACGCACAUGUGCAUGUUUACAAGGACAGAACAAGGAAUGUAUUUCAAACUUUGCAGAUUACCAAGAGGACCAACAUUGUCCUUCAAAAUACACAGCUUCUCUUUAGCACGUGACAUUAUCUCUAUGUUGAAAAAGCAAUUGGUGUACGAGGAAUUGUUUAAGAAUUCUCCACUAGUUGUUUUAAAUAAUUUUAGCGGAGAAGGCAUGCAUUUGAAGCUCAUUGCUUCCAUGUUCCAAAAUAUGUUUCCUACUAUAAAUUUAAGAACGGUCAAUUUAAGCUCAAUUCGUCGAUGUGUCUGCCUAAAUUAUAAUCCAUCAUCAAAAACUAUUGAUCUUAGGCAUUAUGCUAUUAGAAUUAUACCCGUUGGUUUAUCGAGAGGCGUUAAAAAAUUAGUUCAAGCUAAGAUACCAAAUUUAUCGAAAUGCGACGACUUUUCGGACUUUUUGACGAAAGAAGUUGUUUCUGAAAGCGAAGCCGAGGAUGAUACGGAAACUCAUGUUACAUUACCGCAAAAACUGUCUUCGCGUGGUAAUUAUGCGAGAAAUAAAAGUGCAAUCAGACUUUUCGAAUUAGGUCCCAGGUUAACGUUAGAGUUAAUUAAAGUUGAAGAUGGACUUAUGGAUGGAGAAGUACUUUACCAUGAGUAUAUUCAAAAGUCAGAGGAGGAGCAAUUACUGAUCAAGAAGAAACGCGACGAGAAGAAAAAAUUGAAGGAAAAACGGAAGAAAAUACAAGAACAGAAUAAAGAACGGAAAGAAUUACUGAAAAAAGAACACAAAGAAAAAUCAUUGAAGGGAAUGAGGAAGAAGACAGAAAACGAAACGUUAUUAAGAAAAUAUGCGAAAGAAUCGGUCGAACAAAGUAAUCUAGAACAGGACAAUGACGCUCAGUAUUAUCGUGACGAAGUCGGGGAAGAACCGGAUAAGGACCUGUUUGAAAGUAAAGCUGGUGGAAAGAGGACUAAAACUUUCCAACCUAAAUACAAAACGAAAAAACAAAAACUUUCCAAGUCGUGAGACGCGUAGAAACUAUUAGAAACGCAAAUUACGUGAACUGACAUUGUACAUACGAUAU